UUUACUCUAGUGGUUCUAUAGAAAAGAUCUCAACUUUAGAAUAAUUGACAAUCGCUGGUUGAUAAGUCAAAAUCUGUGUUCAAAACGAUUCGUUCGAACUCGAACCAUUCGAUUUGAUUCGUAAUUUCGUUCCUUCCAGAGGUUCUUCACAAACAACAGGUCAAAGUUAUAGGUUAGGUUAACUCCUGGCUUGUAGGCCUAAAGGCCUAUGUGGCCUCAAAUUUAAAAUACGUAAAUGUCUGAAACGUGAAAUAAACGCAGCCAAACCGUGUUUAAAACUAUGAUAAGUUAUAUGUAUUUUCAGGAUAAGUUUCGACUACGUGUAAAGUACGGAAUAACUGUUUUGGUUAAAAUUUAUGUGCAGAUGUUUUAUUCUUAUCACAGGUGUUUUGGCAUAUUCCUGUUUGCACAUUGAAAAACAUUAUUAGCAGAUCGCUUUCACAUCAACAACUCCAAGCAAGUUCAGACAAACCCACUUUCUCUUGCCUACUUAACUCAGUCAUUACUGUGUGCAGCAAGAAGCAACUAAAUACAAUGGACAUCUUAUUAAAACUAGGCAUAUGUAAAGUAUUUUUUGCAUCAAUAACAUUUAUCAUGGUUUUACUGGGAACCCUCAUAAAUAUUUGUGAACCGUACCUGCCAGUGAUUAUCAUAAAAACGUUUCGAUAUGGAAAAUUUGCAUCUGAAGGGAAGUCAGCUUUAGUUACAAAUGUGGAACUUCCAAAGUCGUAUUUUAAGCAUUUUUAUUUAACUAGUGCUUUUAUAUACAGUCCAAUUGCUAUAUAUGAAAUUGUUAGGGUAUUUAUACUGCAUGGUGAAGUUAGUGAUUGGCACAAGGCAAUUUUAAAUAUAUCUUGCGGCAGUGAAAGAGUUGCUACAAUUUCAGCUUUACGAGUUGUGAUAGCUACAGUUUUGCUCGUGUUGCAAGUGUUUAGAAGAUUCCAUGAUACUCAUUUUGUUUCAGUUUUUAGCAAGUCAGCUACUAUAAAUUUAGGACAUUAUCUUGUAGGAAUGGCAUAUUAUCCUGCAGUUUUCCUGAUAAUAUUCAGUGAAGCACCAAAAUUUGCUAUUCCUUUUAGUAAUGAUCAGAGUAAUGUUCAUCUUCAUCAUUUAGGAAUAAUGGAAAUGUGUGCCAUUAUUUUGUUUUUGUGGGCUUGGUAUCAUCAGUAUGUUACUUCAAAAAUAUUAGGAAAUCUUAGAAAAAACACAAAAGGUGAUGUAGUCAGCCAAAGUUAUAAAAUUCCUGAAGGUGAUUGGUUCAAUUAUUUAUCUUCACCCCAUUCAGUGGCGGAAAUUAUAAUGUACACUGCAUUAACUUUAUUAUUAGCUAACAACACAGGAUGGUGGUAUGUGUAUGCUUGGGUUUUAAGUAACCAGGUUGAAACAAUACUGUUGAGUCACUGGUGGUAUCAAAGUCACUUCAAGAAUUUUCCAGUCACACGAAAGGCGCUCAUUCCGUUUAUUUAUUAAUUGUUCCUUCUGUUCAAAAUGUUUUUCACAUUUCAACAAUGUUAUAUUAUAAAUAAAAAAUUAUUGUACA